UGUAAAGCUCCAGUCUUUCUUGUUGUGGGGCAAAGCGAUUAUGGCGACAAAUUCUGCCUCGCGUUAGGAUCCCAAAGAGCCAAGGGCCAAAAAGCAACUUCCUUUCCCCUUGGUCGCACUGCUUCCAAGAAAGGAGGAUGUUUUCUGGGUUGAUCCACCGCCCGGAAGCUUCGAUUCCAACGGAGGAAGCCCACGGCCCGAGCCUAGUCCUGACGGCCGACCCCAAGCCGCGCCUCCGAUGGACGACCGACCUCCACGAGCGCUUCGUCGACGCCGUCGCCCAGCUCGGAGGCCCCGAAAAGGCAACACCAAAAGCUAUCAUGCGAACCAUGGGCGUCAAAGGACUUACUCUUUUUCAUCUAAAGAGUCAUCUUCAGAAAUACAGACUAGGAAAGCAAUCAGGCAAAGAAAUGACCGAGCAGUCAAAAGAUGCUUCUUACCUUUUGGAGAAUCCAAGCAGCAGUGUUUUAUCUCCAAGGGUGCCUACUCCUGAUGUGAAUGAGGGUCAGGAAGUCAAAGAGGCACUGAGAGCACAGAUGGAAGUGGAAAGAAAAUUGCAUGAACAAGUGGAGGUUCAAAAGCAUGUGCAGAUCCGAAUGGAAGCCUACCAAAAAUACAUUGACUCCUUGUUAGCAAAGGCAUAUAAGAUAGCAUCCGAGCAAAUUACUUCAAAUAGUUUCAACACUACGGAGCAAGAGCUUUCAGACAUGGCAACCAGAGUCAUCUGCAGCCCUUCCGAUCCUCUGAGCCAAUCCAUCCUCCAUCAGUUAUCAGUGAAUUCGAUCAAUUUGCAGAGCCCUGGUUGCAAGACUUCGUCGUCGUCGGCGAUCGAAGGCCAGUUCUUCUAUCAGAAGCCACAUGAACUUAAAACCAAACCAUGCUGAAGGGGCUGCUGCUGAAAGGAUCAAAGUCUUCGUUCACUCUUGUUGGCAAAACUUGCUUUCAAGUCCCAUGGAACUUGACUAGGAAAAGUCAGCUUGAUUACUGGAAUCAAGUGAUGCCUCCUUGUGAGGCCAUUGUGAAAACUGCUGCAGGCUCAUGUUUGCUUAUUUCUGUGUUUUAUGAAACAGAGUUACAUGAUUAUGUUGUGUGUGUUGGAUAGACAUUUACUGCUAUUUGGUUCAUCUUUUAACACUGGAAUUGUGUAGGACAAGAAAGUUGGGAGACCAACAUACUUCUGA